AUGCCGACGUGUUCGCAAAUAUUUGCGACCAAACCUGAUGAAUGUCUCGUUUAUAGAUUUCGAAUCGUUGUUCAUGAGGUGAGUGGUCAAUUAAGGGCAUCUAUUUAUCAUAAACCAACUAGUGAACCAUACAUUUUACCAUAUACAUCUAAUCAUCCACGUCAUAUUCAUCGUAAUAUUCCAUACAGAGCAUUAUUACGUGCUGCUCGUAUCUGUUCAAACGUCGACGAUUUUAAUUCAGAACGUAUUCGUAUUGAUAUUUCAUUAUUAUUGAAUAGUUAUCCACCAAACUUUAUUUCUAAACAAUUCAAUCGAUUCUUUCAUUUAAAUAAUACAAUGCCUGUGUUAAAUCAAUUAAAUGAACAAGUUUACCAUCGUUUACAUCAAAAAUUAUUAUAUUAA